AUGACUACACGGCGGCAUUCGUGCCGGACACAAACGGUCGUCUCACUGCAUGUCCGGCCCAUGUUGAGCAAACGGACAAAUGGGAUUUGUUCAUCCUUCGUCGUGUCCGCAUGCCUGUCGCGCUGGCAACCCCACGAAAGGGUUGUCCUCCUCUUUGAGGCGAGACGUUGCCGGGCGUCUGCAAUCUGUACGCGAAAUAAUCGUAUUUGUGGCCGUGAAUGUGAUGCCGCAUUGGAGACGAGACAAGCGCCGGUGGGUGUGCAAGAUGCUGUGAGAACUCGUGUGAACUCUCGACUCGCCAGCUUUCCUGGCUCGAGUUCACAGGCUCACACGAUUGUCUGCUUUGCCUUGUCUCGCCCCAUUCCACACGUCUUCGAGCCACUGACUUGA